UUUCAGAACGCUUACUGGCACCUCCAACAACUGCACCAGAAAUGGUAGGCUUUUAUGCUAUCAUGUCCAAAGGUAUGACAAACCCAGGAACUCACCAAACUCUUAUAUUUGAUAAAGUUCAGCUAAAUGCAGGAAAUGGAUACCAGCCUCACUCUGGUGUUUUUAUCGCUCCAGCCACAGGGAUGUACGCCUUUACUUGGACAAUGCGUCUCCACACAGCACACGGACCCGAGCACCACAGCACCCAAUUAAUCGUUGACAACAAUAUGUAUAGUGCAGUUUAUCUUAGCGUUGGAAAUUCUGGCAAUGAAAAUGUUAGUGGCACCUGUGUGGUCCUCUUGAAUAAAGGAGACGAUGUGUUCGUAAGAACAACCUCGGCUAAUGGAGGUGGAAUCGAGAGUGAUGGUUCUGGGGUGACCGCGUUUGGUGGAUGGCUUAUCAAAUAA